ACGUCACGUGACCAAACUUGACUAUCAACAAGCAAGAUGGCUGCAGAAAUUAAGAAUCCUAAUCAAGAGCUUGUGAAAGGCAAUAUAUUCGAGAUAGGCCCACGCUACACAAAUUUGCAAUAUGUUGGCGAAGGCGCAUAUGGGAUGGUUGUGUCAGUCACAGAUAAUAUUACAAAGACAAAAGUAGCAGUGAAGAAAAUAUCCCCAUUUGAACACCAGACUUACUGCCAAAGGACAUUAAGAGAAAUAAAAAUUCUAACAAGAUUUAAGCAUGAAAAUAUUAUUAACAUACAAGACAUUAUCAAGGCAAAUUCCUUGGAGGAGAUGAGAGAUGUCUAUAUUGUCCAGUGUUUAAUGGAGACAGACAUGUACAAGCUCCUGAAGACGCAGACGCUGAGUAAUGACCAUGUGUGCUACUUCCUCUACCAAAUCCUGCGCGGGCUCAAGUACAUUCACUCUGCUAACGUGCUCCACAGGGAUCUCAAGCCCAGUAAUCUGCUACUUAACACCACUUGCGAUCUCAAGAUAUGUGAUUUUGGUCUCGCAAGAGUUGCAGACCCUGACCACGAUCACACGGGAUUUCUGACAGAGUAUGUGGCCACGCGCUGGUAUCGUGCCCCCGAGAUUAUGCUGAACUCUAAAGGCUACACCAAAUCUAUUGAUGUCUGGUCUGUUGGGUGCAUCCUUGCUGAAAUGCUCGCAAACAAGCCACUCUUUCCUGGAAAGCAUUACUUGGACCAGUUGAACUUGAUCCUAGGGGUGAUAGGUUCCCCCUCCCAGGAGGAUCUCAACUGCAUCGUCAAUGAGAAGGCCCGCGGAUACAUUCAGUCACUCCCCUACAAGUCGAAAAUCUCCUGGGCACGCAGUUUCCCACGCGCUGACCCUAAAGCCCUGGACCUGCUGGACAAGAUGCUGACAUUCAACCCUCACCGGCGUAUAAAUGUGGAGGAGGCGCUGGCCCAUCCCUACCUCGAGCAGUACUAUGACCCCGCAGAUGAGCCGGUUGCAGAGGAGCCCUUCACGUUUGAGAUGGAGCUUGACGACUUGCCGAAGGAGCGGCUUAAGGAGAUGAUCUAUGAGGAAAUAAACAUGCUCAUGCAGAAAAACAAGCAGGCGGGUAUAUUAUAGAUGGCCUGCAUCUGGAGGCGGGAAGCCAGUCAUUACAGCAUGUGUAUCACAACCACUAAAACUCAUCUCGACAUUGGAGUUCGCUGGCUUUGAGAGCUACCAUAGAUCUGUGUGCUGCUAAGUGCUACGACCAUUAUCUACAUUCUCAUCUGGAGGUGAUGCUUGGGGUACCUUGUGAAACUUGGAAAUAGGGAAUCGGCUAUCACCUACAGUUAUUCAUAACUUUGUGUUAUAAGACAAUAUGUUUGGACAUUCAAAUGAGAUGAACCAUUGCUAAGCACAUGGGAUAAUUUUCAUUUUUAAUGUCAUUUUUUUAAAAUAAUCUUGUGGUCAAAGAUUUAAGAUUAAUGGAUUGAACUUGAUUAUUCUCAGAUUAUUCUCUGCAAUUUUUUUUCUGUUUGAUAAUUUUAUGAAUUGCACAAGAUUAAUGGGAGUGUCAAGAAUGCAGAAGUGGUUUCCUUGUUUCCUGGCUUCGUCCAGGUAACCACUCACAUGUUCUCUAGACGGUCAUGAAUAAUGACCUGUUGCUACUUAAUCUCCAUUUAAAACAUAUCUCAACAUUGAGGGAAGAUUUUGUUUGUUUUGUACCAAAUUAUAUUGUUUGUAUAGCUUGUUAUUAUUGGUUUAUUUUGUGCUUAUUGUUUCUUCCCUGUACUAGAUUGUCUGUCAUAUUAUGCUUAUCAUAUUUAUUCCUUGAUAUUUUGUACUGUGUUUAAACCUAAAUCUUUCAUGAAAUGUAAGAGGUUAUAACUUAUAUGAUUUCAAUACUGUAGAAUGCUUUAAUUUAGUGCAUGUUUUAUUUUUGCUAAUAUUCACAUUUCAAUCAUGUUGUGAAUUCUUAACUUUGCUAAUAAUGUAUGAAAAAACAAUCAUGCUUAUUGAAGUGAUUUUAAUCAUCAUCGCUUCUCAAAUAUUUUUAUUAAUCUCAUAACGUGGUCAAAAACUGAAAAACCACAAAAAAAGUAUCGCACAAAUUGUAAUCAGUCUUACAGUAUAAUUAUCAUACUCAUAAACAGAAACCUUCACUGGAUAUACAUAUUGCUUUAUAUUAUAAUGUUGUUGUGAGAAAUUCUUUAAUAAUAUCAAUCUACUCUUUAUUUGGUGUGAGAAAUUCUUUAAUAAUAUCAAUCUACUCUUUAUUUGGUGUAUUAACUAAUUGCCAAAUAUUUAUGUUGUCAGCUAUGCUUGGUCUUUCUCUCUAUCGUGUUUCUCACCCAUCGUUCCUGAAUUUUGUGAAGUUAAUGUUUACAUGAUAGUAGGCCUUCAACCUAUGUGCAAAAUCACUGUCACUGGACCCCAAACUUGUAUGUCCAUGUACCAAGAAAUCAAGUACCAGGUCAUGGCGGAUAGUAUUUUUUUAAGUUAAGACUUGUUUACAUUUUGUUAUUAUUUAUUUGUCUGAACAUACGCAUUGAAAGUAAUGAGAAGUACCUUGAAGUGGAUAUAAAUGGCUUUGAAAGCAAUUAGAACAGUGGUCUAAGCCUCCAACCUUGUUAUAAGUCAGAAUUGCUCAUACUCAAACUAAAUUUUCAAAAUUUUUAGGAUUCUUUGGCUGUAACUAUCCUGGAUAAUAAGACUCUGGACUAGCAUUGGUCAAAAUUAAGACUAGUCGCAAACCCAGCACUUGUUAAUUACGGUACUAGUGAAGUUUAUUCAAAAUUUAACAAUUUAUAUUUUAAUAAACCAGUCUAGUUUAAAUUACAAAAACAACCAAUGGAAUGUUCGGAUUCUGACUGGUUGCUUCACAAGGCCCUGUUUAUGACUGUGUAUCGGAGAGACAGCACCAGUAACAUUCUGUGGCACAGUUUCUAUCUUCUAUUGAUGUAGUGUCUAUCUGGAGCUUAACCCAUUUCAUUAUGGCUUCAUGAAACCUUGUUUUACCAUCAUUGCACAUAUUUUACCAAUGAUAUUAUUGCUAAAGCAUGGUUAUUUGCGAGACUUCAAGAUUCCUAAACAUUUACAUGGAUGUUGUAAUUCAGCUAUUCAUGAACUUUAAGUGAUUUUAUUUUUGUAAAAUAAAUUGCUCCUGAUUAUGUAAGAUUGUAUCGAAAAUCUGAUUUAUUUUCUUUCUCGAUACACUUGGUAUUUGAAUGUUUAAAAGUGGCAGUUAAUGUGAUAUGUAAACAUUAAAACAAUGAUAAGGAUAUGUUGCCUAGGUGUUUUAAAGUACCAAAAAACUUACAGGCAAGAACAUACUGAAAUCAAUGAUCUCAGAACAAAGUUAUCAGACUGAGAUCAUCAUGUUUUUACCUCUUUUUAUGAUAGAGAGUAUUUCUCAUAAGUUCCUUGUCUGUAUUGUGCAUCAAUCUCAAGUUUAAUCAAGAUUGUAUGGAAUUCUGGUGCAGGAAGGACUUCUAUUUGGCUCUGAAUGUCACUGGCCUUACAUGGCAAUCAUUACUGUUAUUCAGUGAAAUGUCAAAUGUAUAAGGCGUUAUUUAUCUGAUUCUAAACAAAAGACAUGGAAAUCUUGAUGGUUGCUUUUCUUAAUAUUUUAAUAGAAGAAUGAAUAAAUUUUGACUUAUAUGUUGAUUUUUAAUAGUAUAUAAUUGCAAAGUUAAAAAGCCAGUAAAGAUACUUUGCCGUCUGGAUAGAAGAGCAUUAAUAAAUGUCAUAUGUUGACUAGCUGAAGGGUGUAGUUUGUAAGCUUGUCAUGAAAUAUACUCAAGACCAUGUACCAUAUGUUUGAGCGUGUUGAGUGUUAAACCUUAAGCUGCAUUAUUAUGAUCGUAGUAUUGUAAUGUGUUCAUGUGUUGCAUGCCCAGAUUAUGUGCAAUAGCUGCAUCUUCCUUGUAUCUAAGGUCAGAGUUCAUGUUUUCUUUGGUCAGAAGUAUUUCCAGGCAGUAUUUCUUUUGUCUGAUUUCAGCUUUUUUGGUUUUCAUAGAAAAUAAAUCUUGGUAUUAUCAUAGCCUUGGUGUCAUCACUGGCAUUGUGCAAAAACUUAAAACUUGGCCAUAAUUCAAAGUUUCUCAAUAUAAACAAAUAAAACAAGAGAUGCAUAUUUAUAGCAUGGCUUAAAACUUUGGCUUCAAUCACUGUUGAGUUAUGGCCCUUGUUUGAAUGUGAAAACCUUACCCUUGAGCGCCCUUGUAAUUAAAGAGGUCUUAAUUGUUUGACACAUACUACAAACUUUUAACUGAUGCACCUUUACUGAAAAAAAAUGUCAAUAGGAAAAUGUUUGUGGAAAUCAUUUUGACCAUUGAAAACUAUUGUUUGAAACAGCCAUAUGUUCAUAAAAUGAUUGUAACAGAAAAUAAGGUUUUCAAAUGGUAGUUUAAUUAUAUAACUUGUAAUGUGUAUUUCUUGUAAGCUUGGAAUGUUUAACAGUAUCAUAUGUGUUACUUUUUCAGUUAUUCAAAGUUUUUUAUGUCAAAUUACACAAUCUAAUGAUAAUAAUGCAUAGUGUAUAUUACACUUUAUAAUACUGUACUUUUUCGUAAUUCUAUAUUCUAUAUUCCUUGCAUCGGUGGCGAGUUGAUUAUAAUUCUACUCCCUAAAUAUUUUCGAGAAAUAGGAAUGACUGGAAUGUUUGAUAAAUAGUUUCAUUAUUUGUUUUGUGAAGAUAGUUUUGGGCGGAAAUAUUUUCAUUAUUAUGAACUUUGUGGAUUGACUUCCAGUGUGUUGUUCUAAACCAACUUUAAAAUACUUAUGAGCAUUAAAUUAUUUUUUGAAACGUUUCAUAAUAACACAGAUACAUUUAGAUAAUCUUCUGAGACGAAAUCUAAAAAAAUGAUGUAAACAUGUGUCUGGAGAACAGACAUGAUUUAUGUGAUUUCAUGAAUUCUUAAUUCUUAACUUCCUCUCUGCUGAACUCGACUGCAUGUAUUGUGGUAAUUGAAAAUAAUUUGAGUGAAUUUAAGUAUAUUUAAACGUUUUUUGUGAAUAUUGCUGUAUCAUGAAGAUAUGUUUCCAAGUGUAUUACUUAGUAACAAUUUUUUGUAUAUUUUUUGUCUGUUAUAUGGUGAAUAUUGCAUUUAUAUUUUCUUGUUGACUUUAUUCAUAUUUGUUUAGUACAUGACAGGUGAAAACUGUUUGAUUAUUUACACAACACUUUACUAUCUCAAGUAAGAUAGAUGUACUACUGUUAACUUUUACUUUCUUUGACUGUUAUUUACUUUAUACCAUGUAGUUUGUACACAAUUUUGUACAAAACAAUCUCUUAUGCGGUGAUCUCCCCUGACAAGUAGGAUACUGUACUGUAACAAAGGGAAGUAACCUCUGCAAGGAUUGUGCACAUUCAAUUAGGGUGUUUAAUAAGUAAAUGGCAGUUUAUAUGAAUUUAUAAACUAUUUAUUGAUUGAAGAUUUAUAAUGUUAUUAAUUUGUUCACUUAAUAUCCUCUCAUGCAUACAACAUUUGACAUUUCAUAGUUUUAUAGUUAGAAAUAAUUCAAAUUAAUGUAGUAAUUUUCACUUUUCUUUCGACUUAUAUAAGAUAACAAAAAAAAAAGAAAUGAGACUAUGGUUGUUUGUUUACAUCCAGAUAAUUUUUUAUUCUGAAAUAUAUUCUAAACAUUUUAUGUUAAUUUCCAAAAACAAGUGCUAACUCUAACUAUUGUAUAGAUGUUUUAUAUAUUACAAUAUUGGAGUUGUUGUCUUUUAUUUGUCUUUUGAAGAUUAAUUAAAAAUGGAACAACU